GCACGGGAGUUUGCAUUGAUCCAUUGAUUGCACAUGGUCUCUUGCCUGACCUUCUUGCUCCCAGGGAAGCGGUCUCCAUGGCUACUGGCCCUACUCCCCCAGUGGCAGACUGUAAAUUCCUGCAGGCAGAUCUGAGCAGAGCCCGGGCGCGGGUGGGAGGGAGUAAAGAAGGAGCAGGCAAAGGCAAAUAGAAAGAAAGAGAGAAAGGGAAAAGGGCGUUGCUUGGAGGGACCUUUCACAGGUCCCCAGUCCUAGACCAAGGCUCCCUCUCGCUCGCUCGCUCCCUCCGUCCCUCCCUCUUACAACAACAAAAAAAAAUCUACUGCUCUCUGACAAAAUUGGAAGUUGCCGGGAAUUCCUUUUAGGAAAAGGUAGCAGCGGAAAGGAGGAAGGUCAGGUCCUCUGAAAAAGAUAGUGCGGGUCUGCCUCGUCCCCCCCCUUUUUUUUGUACCAUCAGAAAAGAAGGAAACUGACCCUUGAGCAAAUUUGGUCAUCCCUUCUGUCACACACCGCCACAGAGGGAGGAAAAGAGAGAGAGAGAGAGAGAACCGAUCGCGGUGCGUCCGUGUGUGCGUCGUGAAAGUUUGCAUGACCCUGGUGCGUUGUUUUGAGACGUUGGAGAAGAGCAGACACAUACCCCAUCCACCUUCUGCGCACAAGGCGUUUGUAAUGGGAGCCCUCGAGAUUGUCGGACUGUGGCUGCUCUCCUUUCUUCUCUACUCUGGCAGCACCGUGGCUAAAGCGAGUCAAGAUAUUGACGAAUGUGUUGAUGGGACUGAUAAUUGUCACAUUGAUGCCAUCUGCCAGAACACUCCCAAAUCAUACAAAUGUAUCUGCAAGUCGGGCUACACUGGGGAUGGAAAACACUGCAAAGAUGUUGAUGAAUGCGAGCGUGAUGACAAUGCUGGCUGUGUCCAUGAAUGUGUCAAUAUUCCAGGAAAUUACCGAUGUACCUGCUAUGAUGGCUUUCGUCUGGCACAUGAUGGUCAUAACUGCCUUGAUGUGGAUGAAUGUGCAGAAGGGAAUGGUGGCUGCCAGCAGACCUGUGUCAACAUGAUGGGGAGCUACGAGUGUCAUUGCCGUGAGGGCUUUUUCUUAAGUGAUAACCAGCACACCUGUAUCCAGCGGCCAGAAGAAGGAAUGAACUGCAUGAACAAGAAUCAUGGUUGUGCCCACAUCUGUCGGGAGACACCAAAAGGUGGCAUUGCCUGUGAAUGCCGACCUGGAUUUGAGCUCACCAAGAAUCAACGAGACUGCAAGUUGACCUGCAACUAUGGCAAUGGAGGGUGCCAGCAUACGUGUGAUGAUACAGAUCAAGGACCAAAGUGUGGUUGUCAUGUGAAGUUUGUGCUACAUUCUGAUGGGAAGACAUGCAUAGGGGAGAGGCACCUCCAGCAGCACGUUACCCCCCAGACGUUUUCUAAUGAGACCUGUGCUGUCAACAAUGGAGGCUGCGAUAGCAAAUGCCAUGAUGCAAUCACUGGUGUACACUGCAGUUGUCCAAUGGGAUUCAUGCUUCAACCUGACAGAAAAACAUGCAAAGAUAUUGACGAAUGUCGGUUGAACAAUGGAGGCUGUGACCAUAUCUGCAGAAACACUGUGGGAAGUUUUGAGUGCAGUUGUAAGAAAGGAUAUAAGCUCCUGAUUAAUGAAAGAACUUGCCAAGAUAUCGAUGAAUGCUCCUUUGACAGAACCUGUGACCACAUUUGUGUGAACACACCAGGGAGUUUCCAGUGUCUGUGUCACAAAGGCUAUACGCUGUAUGGACUCACCCACUGUGGAGAUAUUGAUGAAUGUAGCAUCAACCGAGGAGGCUGCAAGUUUGGCUGUGUAAACACGCCUGGCAGCUAUGAGUGUACCUGCCCUGCUGGGUGCAAACUUCAUUGGAAUAAAAAAGACUGUAUAGAGAUGGUGGUAUGUAUGGCUGGCGCCAUAUCUCCACGAGCCACACUUACCUGCAAUAAGAAUGGCAAGAAGGACAGCUGCUCCCUCACCUGCUCCUCCAAAGCUCGCUUUCUGCCAGAAUCCGACAACAGCUACACAGUCAGCUGUGGGACACCAAUCCUGAGGCAGGGACCUCCACCAAAGUCUAGCAAUAAUAGCUAUCCCUGUGUUGAGACUGCCACUGCUCCAAUAAAACAAAAGGCCUCCUUCAAAAUCAAGGACGCUAAAUGCCACCUGCACCCACGCAUGAAAAGCAAGCAAGAUGAGGCAAGCAGGAAUGGUGCACUAGGUGGUCCAGCCCCUUGCUCAGACUGCCAGGUGACUUUUGUAAACUUAAAAUGUGACUCAUCAAAGAAAGGCAAGGGUCGCCGGGCUCGCAACUCUCCCAACAAGGAGGUGACACGCAUCACGCUGGAAUUUGAAGCCGAAAUCAAAGCUGAAGAGGUCACAGGUGGGGAAGCCAGCUGCAAUCUGAACUGUGUGCGUCAGAAGGUGGAGAAAAAAUUGAAGUCUGCUAUCAAAGCUUUGAAAAAAUCCAUAAACCAGGAACGAUUCUUGAUCCGCUUUUCAGGAAUGGAAUAUGAGGUGGCACGGAAGCUGAGCAUGACUCCUGAGAGGCAGGAGAACUGUGGGCCAGGACAACAGAGACUGGGAUCCAAGUGUGUUAGCUGCCUGCAAGGAACGUAUUACCAUGGCCAGAUGGAGCAGUGUGUCCCUUGCCCUCCAGGGACGUACCAGGAGAAAGAAGGCCAGCUUUCCUGUGACCUUUGCCCUGGAAGUGAUGCUUAUGGGCCAGCUGGAGCAACCAAUAUAAGCGCCUGUGCAGGUCAGUGUCCCCCUGGCCACUACUCUGUAGAUGGUUUCAGACCCUGCCAACCAUGUCCACGUGGCACCUACCAACCUGAAGCUGGCCGAGCUUUGUGUUUCCAAUGUGGCGGAGGACUGAACACCAAGCAUGAUGGAGCCAUUUCCUUCCAGGACUGUGAUACUAAAGUUCAAUGCUCCCCAGGCCAUUAUUAUAACACCAGUGUCCAUCGCUGCAUCCGCUGUGCUGUAGGAACAUAUCAGCCAGACUUUCGUCAGAACUACUGCAUUACAUGCCCUGGGAAUACCACCACCGACUUUGAUGGGUCAACCUCCGUAUCACAGUGCAAAAAUCGACAGUGUGGAGGGGAGUUGGGUGAAUACACUGGUUAUAUUGAGUCUCCCAACUACCCUGGAAACUAUCCUGCAAAUGUGGAGUGCACUUGGAACAUCAACCCUCCUCCAAAGCGCAAGAUUCUCAUAGUGGUGCCUGAAAUCUUCCUGCCAUCUGAGGAUGAAUGUGGCGAUGUCUUGGUUAUGCGGAAAAAUUCUUCUCCUUCAUCCAUCACAACCUAUGAAACAUGUCAGACAUAUGAGAGGCCCAUAGCCUUCACAGCUAGGUCCCGGAAGCUGUGGAUCAACUUUAAAACCAGUGAAGCAAACAGUGCCAGAGGUUUCCAGAUCCCCUAUGUCACUUAUGAUGAGGAUUAUGAACAGCUGGUGGAGGACAUUGUACGGGAUGGCAGACUGUAUGCAUCUGAAAAUCAUCAAGAAAUAUUGAAGGACAAGAAGCUGAUCAAAGCAUUCUUUGAUGUGCUGGCUCACCCACAGAACUAUUUCAAAUACACAGAGAAGCAUAAGGAGAUGCUGCCACGCUCCUUCAUCAAACUCCUCCGCUCCAAAGUUUCCAGCUUUCUCAGACCUUACAAAUAGCCUCAUGACACUCUCACCAGCCUUUUGGGCUACUGGACAGCCAAGAAAACUUUUUCCUACACUUAUUCUUAUUUUUCCCAAUGACUUUUUCUACAAAUACAGCCCCCCCUCCCACUACUCGUUAUGCAGAUGACUCUAACCAUUGGUCUUUCUUUGGCUUUUCUUCAGACUAAAUUCUCCUAUGACUUUAUCUGUGGAAGGAAUCUGGCAGCCAUGAGGAACAUAAAACCCAUCCUAUGUGCUUUCUGUACUGGAGUCUUAGCCUAAGGAGAUUACAUAUUCCAGUAAGUGGCGCACUCUUUGCAAGUGGCCUCUACUGGGACUUGUCUCUCCAGGGCAGUUUCAUCCUUCUCUCAUAUAUGCAGGUCAAGUGCAGUCCUUUGUGCUGCAGGUCAGUUACCAAAGAGAUUACUGGGUACAUUUCUCCACAUGACUGUCAGCUUCUAGAAAGUAACAUCCCGGCUACCUAUCAUGCCUCUACUUCUGGGACACAGGUGAAAUGGGAGAUGUUGAGCUGCUGCUAAGCAACAGAAUUGGUCCAGGUGAACUUUUUUUGUAAAGAACAACUGGGGGGGAGGGAGAGGACAACUGGAAUGCAGAAGGUUAUGCCUUAUUUAUCAGACUGUUGUGCUUUUAAAGAAAAUAAAUAAAUAAAGCACAGUCUUGCAGAAAACAUCAGACAAAAAAAUAAUAAUGGUCAGGAAUAAGAUCGUAUAAAAGACUAUGAUGUAUCACAGAAGUGUGAAAGAAAAUGGCCCAUGUUUUAUGUGAUGGCAAGUUUGGUGAUUAGAACAGCAUUAUUUCAUGACUGAGUCUGACUUUUGCAUUUGAAGAAAGCAUGGCCUAGCCACGUUCUGGUGUGGAAUGAUGUGUGGAAAAAGGUGGGGGAAAACCUGGUGGAAAGUGUGACUUUCCAAUGUGUUUCCUCCCCCAUGGACAUUUGUGCUGUGAGAUCAUACUUCUUAUAAGCUCUGCCAAAGAGUAACUCGAUGUCAAAAAAAAGCAAGCAGUGUGAAGGGCAGGAGUGAAUGUUUGUGCACUAGGAUGUUCUCCUUUCUACCUUUUUCAUAUUAUUAAGUGCAAUCAUUUUGAGUUGUCUUUAUAUUAUUUAGAGGGAAAUUUUUUCUACUAGAAACUACAAUAUUUAUACCUGCCUGAGAAAAGAGAAUGUAUGUGUGUGUGUGCAUGUGUUAAGAAAAUGAAACAGAAAAAACAAACAAACAAGGAGUUGGCAAAAUUAUGACUAAAUGUGACUUAAGUUUUCAGUUCUUGGAAUCUUUUGUUUUCCUCACCACAGUAAAUUCCAAAGUAAAUCCAGAAGAGUGAGCUUGGUUACCCUGUAACUGAUGAAGAUAUAAACUUUCUGGAAAUUACUUUUUAGCCACAAGCAACUCUUCAGAGGCGCGUCAAUUCAAAUAUUGGCAAAGGCAACUUCAGAAUUUACACAAGGGACCACGUACUGGAGUCCAUCCCCAUAUUAAAUUCUCCUACACGUGCAAUGCCUAACCUUCAACAUUUCAGAGAAGUUAGCUUUGCCAGAAAAGGAGAUAUUUAUAUAUUCUGUCCAGAGACCCUCCAUUUGUGUACUGAAGUGCAAUAAUUCCCUUUGUGAAUGUUUUACGCUAGGCUCUGAUUUCUAAAACAAGAGACACUGGGACUCAGGUCUCCUGAGAGGCCACCUCGCCCACCUGAAAGCCUUUUCUUCUAAUUGUAGUAACUGCAGAUUCCAUGUGCUCAAAGGCUCUCGUGUUUUCUCACAUCCCAUGGUAGAACCCAACACUGGACAAAGGUUUUGGGGUUAGCUGUGGUGAGUGGUGGCUGAUAUUAAACCUAACCAGUAUGUCAUAUGCGUCAAUUCAGAAUUUCCCUACAAGUGAUCUAUUAUUGAUCCAUAUUCAAGUGCAAAUACUAGUGGUCAGACCCUAAUUUAUAGUGGUAUAAUUGUUGCCUUUUCUGAGCCAUGAUGUGAAACUAACAAUCAGAAUUGUUAUCUAAACAACUCUUGCAUGGGUAAGAUCAUCUCCAUUUGCUGUACUGGUACUAAUGCUUUUCUAAUGGGGUGUUAAUAGUUUGCUAUUUCUUCCUUUUAACCUAAUCUCUAAAAAAAACUAGUUUCCUCAAAUUCAGUGGGAUUAUUUCAGCAAUAACAUGGAAUUGUCUUGAGGUUGACACAACUUUGGCCAGAUAUUCUCAUAAUAUUUAGUAGUUAGGACUUAGUAUUCAGCACUAAUCUUAUCAGAUGCAGCUAUUUUCUACCACAUUAAAAGCAUUUGUUUAUCAGUGAAGUGGGGGGAUGCCAAAAUAGUGUAUGCUGUGGAGGAACAUAAAACAAAAGAAAAAAUAAGCUCUGAAGACAAAACUUGUGUGUAGAAUUUGGCUUAGAUCUCCUAUCUUAUUUCUGUUUUUUCCUAAUUCAAAUGUAGAAAAUCGAAAGAUUUGGAAAUUUAAAAAUUAAUCUCAGCAUAGGAAACAUACUAAAAUUAAACAGAGCUGAAAUAUUUAUAACUGCAUUGUGCAGUAUGCCACAGUCUGUUCAUUCCUGCAGAAUAAUGAUUUAGUGAUCAAAAAGGUAUAGUCCAUAACGUUAUUUGCACUUGAUAAAAGAAAUUGUAUCUGAACUUGU